UGCGCGCUCGCACUCCUCUCCCCGCGGAGCACGGUUGAGUCAGGCAGUCUGUCGGAGUCAGUCUUCGCAACAGCCUUCGCCCGGUACCUGGGAGAGCCAGCUGCUGGAUUAUUCUGCGUCCCCUCCCACUCUCCGGUCCCGCGUCUCUCUUCACCUCUCUCCCGCCCUCGCUCGUACAGCCAUGGCGGAGUCGUCGGCGGCCACUCAGUCCCCGUCAAUCUCCUCGUCGUCCUCCUACGUGAUCUGAUUUUCUGGCGAGAUGUGAAGAAGACUGGGUUUGUCUUUGGCACCACGCUGAUCAUGCUGCUCUCCCUGGCAGCUUUCAGUGUGAUCAGUGUGGUCUCUUACCUCAUCCUGGCUCUUCUCUCCGUCACCAUCAGCUUCAGAGUCUACAAGUCUGUCAUUCAAGCUGUGCAGAAAUCAGAAGAAGGCCAUCCAUUCAAGGCCUACCUGGAUGUGGAUAUUACCCUCUCCUCAGAAGCUUUCCACAACUACAUGAAUGCUGCAAUGGUGCAUGUCAACAGAGCCCUCAAACUCAUCAUUCGUCUCUUCCUGGUAGAAGAUCUGGUUGACUCCUUGAAGCUGGCUGUCUCCAUGUGGCUGAUGACCUAUGUUGGUGCUGUUUUUAAUGGGAUCACCCUUCUGAUUCUUGCCGAGCUGCUUGUUUUCAGCGUCCCAAUUGUCUAUGAGAAGUACAAGACGCAGAUUGAUCAUUAUGUUGGGAUUGCCCGGGAUCAGACCAAGUCAAUUGUUGAAAAGAUCCAAGCAAAGCUUCCCGGAAUCGCCAAAAAAAAGGCAGAAUAAGCACAUGGAAACCAGAAGUGCAACAGUUACUAAAACGCCAUUUAAUAGUUAUAACAUCGUCACUUGUACCAUGAAGGAACUUGCUCAGUGUCAGCUUGAGCCUGGUUCCAAGUUGUUUGUUCUUUUUAAUUUGGUGUUCUCUCCCCUGCUUUUCCCUUUACCCUCAGUACCAAGCACAAGAUGUGUUAGACUGAAAAAAAGAACUGGUCUCUUAGAACCCAAAAGAAUAAGGAGUGAAUCAAAUUAAUAGAAUUAAUCAGACCAUAACAGUGGUAGAGCUUUUACCUGUACCGUGAAAGGGGAGAAAGAAGAGAGAAAUGUCUCUAGGGUCCUCUAUCCAGUUUCAAGGACUCUUAUGCAGUUCCCAUUUAUAUUUUUGCCCUUAUUUUUAAGCUAGGAAAUAAUGAUUAACUUAUGAAUUGUCUGGGGCAGGAGUGGGAUUCCUUCCAUUGGGUUUGUGCAGCCCUCCAGUCCUACCUUCCUGCCUUAGAGCUAAGCAGCCACUCUCCCUAAUGAAAGAACUGUCAACUCUAAAUAACUUACAGGUGAUAGAGGUAAUUCCCUUUUUCCAGAAUGCCAUCUGAGAAGUACAGAGGGAACAGAGUAGGGUGGAGCAGUCAGCAGGAGGGCAGCAGUCAUCUUCCUGCUGCUCUUCUAGAGAAGGAAGGGCUCUGCCAGCUGGGAGGGCAGUGUCCAAGCCAUUGGUCUGGGAUACCAAUGUGAGUGUUGGUUUGAGAAAUCAUUCCAGAAUGUGCUUCUCCCUCUUUUCCCUGCCCACCUUACCUCAAGUUUAAUAAAUAUGGUUGUACUUUUCUUAUUAUGAAAUAAAUGUCUGUAACUGCUGUACACUGCUAUAAACUUAAGAAAAAUAAUCUGCA